AUGUCCGACACAGCGACGACGCCCACCCUCCGCAUCGUCCCGGGUGCCCCGCCCCCGCCACCGUUGUCCAAGUCACAAAAGAAGAAGCGUAAGAUCGCCAAAUCCAAGUCGUCCGACCCAACCAACGACGAACUCCUCACCCCCACCACCGCUGCGCUCGUCGAGCAGGCACCCACCGAGUCCGACAUCAAAGAGGGCUCUGUCGCCCCGGAGCUCGUCGUCCAGCCCGAGACAGAGCAAAUCUCCGCCGACGACGCCCAGAAGCCCAGUCCCAUCGUUGAGCUGCUCAACAAGCGCUCCAAGGCUGUCUCCAAGAAAAUCACGCGUAUUCAAGCGUAUUCGUCCGAGCCACUCGAGAAGCUGAACGAGGACCAAAAAAAGACACUCUUGACACUACCUGGUCUUGAGGCUGUGCAAAAAGAACUUGAAGAAGUCAAGAAAGCUAUUGCGAGUCAUGAAGCGGAGGUUGCACGCGAACAAGCAGCAAAACGGGCGGAAGCCGCCAGAGCUGAAAAGCAGAGGCUGGCGGAAGCCGUAUCUGCUGCCGAGACCGCCCAUCGGCAAAAAAUAUCUGAUCUUUUCACCUUUCUCCGACUCCAUUCUCUUCUCUCUUCUGGUCACCCCACUGCCUUGGCUCUAAGUUUGAACGACGCGGAGGGCCUCGCUGUCUACUCGGCAACAGAGAGCCUGCUCGGCGAGGUAACGGACAGCAGACCUGAUGUUAUCCAGGGCUUCUUGACCGGUGAGGGAGAACUACAUGGCGUCCCAUAUUCUCGUCUCAUUGAGAUUACGCAUGCAUAUAUGAACCCUCCUUCGGCUGCCCAAGAGGAGCCGCCGCAGGAACCCGUCGAGGAAACACUCACCGAAGCGGUCGAGGAACCCGAAGUAACCGUGACGGGCCUCUCAAGCACGCUUCCGAGCACAAUCGGCACGAGCGGUAGCUUCCACUUCAUGCAGGAGGAUGAGCUGGAACAGCCGGGCGAGCCAAACUUCGAGGGCGAGGCCGAGUGGGUGGAGCGUGCGGACAUUUCCGGGGAGCAGAACCCGCAAACCGCCCCCGAGGUCGAGGUUGUCGAAACCGUCGUGGAGACGAACGGCCACGUCGUCGUCGAGGAGUCCGUCUCCGUCUCGACAUCAGUGAAGAUCCCGGCGUCCGCAGGCAACCAGCCGAUUAACUGGGCGGACGAGGACGAGGGUGAGCUCCCGCCGAUCGCGGGCUUGCACGCCAAGUUCGGCACCUCCGGCAAGGCGACGCCCGUGCCCGCCCCCGAGCCUGAGGCCGUUCAGCCGCCGCCCGCGGAGCGCCCGCCCGUGAACGGCGGACAUAUAAACGGCGCGGGCGCUGGUGCGCAUGAGGACGACGGGUUCACGCCGAUGCGCGGGCGCGGACGUGGGCGCGGUGGUUUCCGGGGCGAGCGCGGAGAGCGCGGGAGCUUCCGUGGUCGGGGCGGUGACCGCGGUGGGUAUCGUGGCGGGUACCGCGGCGGCGAGCGUGGUGGUUUCCGAGGCAGGCCCGGCGGCGAGUGGAGGGGCGGUGAUGGUGAGCACCGUGGGCGAGGGGGACGCGGGCGCGGACGCGGGUUUGGCGAAGCGCGGGGAGGCGCGCCCCCUUCGUAG